AUGAAAUUAAGUUGCCAUUAUGAUAAAGAGAUCGACCAAAAUGAAAUUGAAUCAAAAUACGUAUGAAAAUUUCCCAAUUGAUGAUAUUCAAAAGCCAUAAAGCGAAUUAACUUAUCUAACCCUAUGAACUAUUCUUCUUGAACGUAUGACUCAUCUAUUUCUAUACAAUACUUCAAAUCCCUUCCCAAUAAUCAGGUUUUUGGACUAAACAUAGAAGGAUAUAAUCACCUUCAAUAUCUUUUUAUAUUAGAUGAGCUUUUCAAUUUGAAAAAAUUAGAAACUCCAAUAAAGAUUCCUUUGGCCUAUCGCUAUCAUGCUGCAUGCUUUUACGAUGACUCUAUUUUUAUUUUUGAUGCUCCAGGCUCAAACUGAGAAAGAGGAGUUUGUCGUGCUAGGCGGUAUUUCAUUAAAGAAAAUAAAUGAAUUAACUUGUCAGCCUUACCUUUCGAAUGUCCAAAAUUAUGCUCUGGAAUCAAGCAAAAAAUUAUAAUUAUAGCAGAUACACCUGGAAUAUGAAUAUAUGAUAUAGUUUUGGAUUCUUACAGUCAGCAUUUUCCGAAUGAAGAAUGUUGAAAUUUAUCAUCUGAGCAAGUGCUUAUCAAAUUUAAAGGAAGGAUGUAUAAGAUAAGCCGGUUAAAUGCAAAUCAUGUUUAUUAUUGUGAUGAUCCUUUAUCUGCAUGAACUUAUGUUUGCGCUUUUAAAGACAACCUAUUCUGUAGAGUGCUUUUGACUCGAACAUUCUAUGAAGGGUCUAUUUAUUAUUUUUGUCGAGGGACUUUAUAUGAAUUUUCACUUACAAAAUUUGAACCAAAACCAGCCAAUGCUAUAAUUAUGCAUUAA